CCCCAAGAGGACUAGGCACUAGCUGAGGUGUCCUCUUUUGAUUUCGUGUUCUUUCUUCCAACAUGGCUAUUCCUACAGCUGCAUCGGGUUGUUUUGCCUCUAUUUUGACUGUAAUCAUAUUUGCUUCGAUGCAAAUGUUCAAGCAGAACCUUGCGUCCAGCGAAUGGAUGACGAUUUUAGGAGGAUUCAUUGGUGCUCAACUUUUUGUUUUCUUGUUAACUGCUGUUGGUAAUUUUGAAACCAUGUGCUUUGGGAAAAACUUUCAAACAAAACUAUUCCCUGAGGUUGUUGCCUGCUUAGGAAUUGCCAUGUUUUCUUCUGGUCUUAUUCAUAGAGUGUGUGUCACCACUUGUUUCCUAUUCUCAGCCAUUCUACUGUACUACAUGAAUAGACUCUCGUCCACUGCYCACACACCAGUUGUAACAAGACCACCYCCAUCAAAAGGCAAGAAGGGCCACUAAGACAAGAGCAUCACAACACUAGAUUUAUACCAUAAAUGUAUCUUUAUUGCAAUUAAAUUAAACUUUUCAAAUAACAAUCAGUUUUGUGAUACUGAGUCAACUGUAGAAGAAUGACAGCUUGUAUGAAAAGUUAAAAUUCAAGGUGGCUUUAACACAAUAUAUUAUCCUUGGAUGAAAGAAAGACAUAAGGCUUCAAAGGAAGUUUUGUUUUAAAUUUUUAAAAAGUGCUUUSUAAAGCUUUGRAACAAAAUGUAGUCUGCUUAAUUUGGUUUUUAGUUAUUUCUCUUUUAUGACUGUGAUAAUGUGACUGUAACUUGYUUCUUUUGUUAAAAUCAGGAAUCUUGAAGUUUGACCAAAGCAUCAGCUUGUCGUGUAAGCAUAAAAGAAAUAGAAAUGAAUCAACAAAUGUAUAUAAUUGAGAUAUUUUCCACACCUCUGCUCCAAUAUUAUUUUGAUGU